AAACACGCAGAUCCUCCUCAGACCAAAUGCGCCGUUGAGCGGGCGGGCCUAUUUGGGGCUUUCUAAAGUUAGAAUUAAAACCGUUGGGACUAAGCAAAAACAUGGGCCUUUAGCUACACACAGUCUUGAGUAUUAGAUGGUGACCUGUGCGCUUCACUAAGCAGGUUUUGUGUCGUCGCAGAGCGCAGCUCGUCGUUUUCGCGGCCGUUGCGGAGGGGAUUGUUAUGACAUUAUUCUCUUUGUCUCGCGCUGCACAAACAUAAGACCAUCUUUCUCGCUGAAAGAGCCUUUUUCAGCCAUCGCUGCUAAUCUAGGUAUUGUUAACGACCUUAUUCUCACCGGUCCGAUCGAGGGAUUGAAUCAUGUCGUUGCACGGAAAACGAAAAGAGAUCUACAAGUACGAGGCGCCAUGGACCGUCUAUGCCAUGAACUGGAGCGUGAGACCCGACAAGCGCUUUCGCCUGGCGCUCGGCAGCUUCGUCGAGGAGUAUAACAACAAGGUCCAGCUGGUGGGUCUCGAGGAGGAGAGCUCCGAGUUUGUGUGCAGGAACACCUUCGAUCAUCCGUACCCAACCACCAAGAUCAUGUGGAUCCCCGACACCAAGGGCGUCUAUCCAGACCUGCUGGCCACCAGCGGAGACUAUCUGCGCAUUUGGAGGAUUCCAAGACCUCCAGGUCCUGCCAUGAAGGGAGUAGGUGUCGCACUUUGUGAUGGUCAGGGUUUCAUGUAUGUGUGUUUUGUGUUUUUAGGCACUUCUAGUAUUGAUACCACCUGUACGAUCUGGGGUUUAGAGACAGGACAGGUCCUAGGAAGGGUCAACCUUGUGUCAGGCCAUGUCAAAACACAGCUAAUUGCUCACGACAAGGAGGUGUAUGACAUCGCUUUCAGCCGUGCGGGUGGAGGUCGCGAUAUGUUUGCGUCUGUGGGAGCAGACGGAUCCGUGCGCAUGUUUGAUCUGCGACACCUGGAGCACAGCACCAUCAUCUAUGAGGACCCUCAGCAUCACCCACUGCUGCGCCUGUGCUGGAACAAACAGGACCCCAACUACUUGGCAACUAUGGCCAUGGAUGGCAUGGAGGUGGUGAUUCUGGACGUGCGUGUGCCGUGCACACCUGUGGCUCGUCUCAAUAAUCAUCGUGCCUGUGUGAACGGCAUCGCAUGGGCGCCCCACUCCUCCUGUCACAUAUGUACAGCAGCGGACGAUCACCAGGCUCUGAUCUGGGACAUCCAGCAGAUGCCGCGGGCCAUCGAGGACCCCAUCCUGGCUUACACGGCCGAGGGAGAGAUCAAUAACGUGCAGUGGGCCUCCACUCAACCCGACUGGAUUGCCAUUUGCUACAACAACUGUCUGGAGAUCCUGCGGGUGUAGAGCUGAGGCUUAAAGCGCCUCUGUGCUUCCUGCGGGCAGCAUUGCUGGAAGAGAGUCUUUCAUGGAGCAGAGACUUGUUUUCUAAAGUUCCUGAGGUCUGCGGGUUUCAAGCGGGAAACCGUAUGAACGGGCCUAUGGGAACAACAGUCUGAACAAUGUGUGUGCAACUUUUGUCUGGGAGAAUGAAGCCGUGUGAAUGAGUAUCUGUGUUUCUGCACAAUAUAUCAUAUUUGUCUGUUUUCCUACUUGCCGGUGUCCCAGAGUCCUCAUAAUGGGAUCUUAAACUAUCUUUAACCGGUAAAAAACAUUUUUGAAAACUAGGAUCAGAAAGAUGUAAAAUUGCCAAUAUGGACAAUACAAAACUACCAUUUUAUUAAGAUGUAAUUACUUACUUCAAAGAUUAACACAAUUUUAAAGGUCCUCUGAACUUCAGAUCCCGGGGGUUUUUUUUUUUCAUUUCAGGAAGGUGCCAUUUUUUUUUGUAUCCCUGGAAAUUGUUAAAUACAGGAUAGUAUGGAGAUAAAAUGCUUGACGUCACUGCAAAACAUUCAUAAUUGUACCUCAGACACGCUCACAUCUCACAAAGCGGUUAGUUGCGCUGUUGAAGUCAAUGUUUGAGUGGGCAAUGUCUUUUCCAUUUAAAGAUGCAUUACUUAGAGUUCCUGUUAUAUUUUUCCCCAUGUUCUUUUUCAUUAAAAAAAGUUAAUCCCCUUUCAGCAUGCUUGUGCUCGAAGUGAAAUGUGUACUGUAUACAUAUAUAAUUAUUAUGUACAAGGUAGGACAAAAGUGUCACUUUUCCAGAAUAACUUUGCAUUGCGAGUCAUUUGGUCGGUCCAUGAAACUGUUCUGUUGUUACACAAAUAUGAUGUAGUAGUAACGCCACACCUUUCGGUCGAAUCAAAAGUGAAUCUGCGAGGCUGUGUGGGAUCCUCAUCCUCACCUCACACUCUUAGAUGGAGUGUUUAAAUGUAAGUAGUUCCGUGUGUGUCCAGCCAUGAUGCUUUUCUAUUAAUAAACUCACUUAAUAAACUCUUGUUCUUUCAUAAAGCUUUCUGU